CAGCAGUCUAGACGUAGCUUUCUCUUUGAUCUGCUAACAGAACCCAGAUUGUGCAUUGGCAGUGUAACUAUACUCAUUGCUUCUUUUGGCACUAUCCUUGAAGCUAUCUUGGGCGCUAUUCAUUAUUGUAGCUGCCUUUGCAACUCAUUACCAGUAUUGCUUGAUACAGCUGACCAUUGCUAUACCAAGCGAUAAAAUCUACUGCUCGUUACAAACUAGUGGCUUGUAGCAAUACUUCACAGUUGGCCUAUUGUACCCCCCCAGAAAACAGGAUCUGAUAUCGCUAACAUCCCAAAAUCAUGGCAUCCACAGCUACUUCCACCUCCGCGGUGCUUUCUACGUUAGUGGCCAACCUCAUUCUUUUUGGUAUCUUCAUCCUAGGUUUCUUGAUCCUCAGAUUGAAGUACAAGAGAAUCUACUCCCCAAAAUCGUCGUUCGAGCUCGUGCCCGAGGACCAACGUCCCGAGCCGUUGCCUAGGGACCCAUUCAGAUGGAUUUUCAUUCUUUUAACCAAGCCCAACUCAUUCAUUAUCCAACAAGCAGGAAUUGAUGGCUACUUCUUCUUGAGAUACGUCUUCAGCUUUGCCUGUGUCUUCUUGGUAGGAAUGCUUACCUGGACUGUCUUGUUGCCUAUAAAUGCCACCAACGGUAAAGGUGCCACUGGAUUAGACCAGUUGGCCAUCUCUAACGUCAAGGACAGAAACAGAUACUAUGCUCAUGUGUUUAUUGGCUGGGUUUUCUACGGUGGAGUCAUCUUCGUCAUCUACCGUGAAUUGUUCUUGUACAACUCCUUGAGAUCUGCCGUUCUUGCAUCCCCUAAAUACUCCAAGAAGUUAUCGUCGAGAACUGUUUUGUUCCAGACUGUCCCAGACUCGCUUUUAGACGAGAAGCAAUUGUACAAGAUGUUCAACGGUGUCAAGAGAAUCUUCGUAGCCAGAACUGCUAGAGACUUAGAAUCUAAAGUGGCCAAGAGAGACGCCUUGGUCAAACAGUUGGAGAACGCUCAAAACAAGUUAUUGGCAACAGCUGUCAAGAACAAAAUGAAAGCUGAAAAGAAGGGCCAAAAAUUAGAACCUGUGGAUGAAAUCUCUGCCUACGUGCCUCAAAACAAGAGACCUCGUCACAAAUCCGGCGGUUUUUUCUCCAAGAAGAUCGAUACUAUUAACUACUGCAAGGAAGAAAUCCCUAAAAUCGACAAGGAAGUCAGAGCCAUGCAAAAGAAGUUCAGAACUAAUAGACCCAAGAAUUCUAUCUUUGUUGAAUUCGAAGACCAGUACCAUGCUCAGUUAGCCUACCAAGCUACUGUGCAUCACAACCCGUUGAGAAUGAAGCCUGUUUUUACUGGAGUUGAACCAGGUGACGUUCAGUGGUCCAACUUAAGAAUGUUCUGGUGGGAAAGAAUCACUAGAAGAUUCCUUGCUUUUGCUGCUGUAGUUGCUUUGAUUAUCUUGUGGGCCGUCCCCGUAGCUUUUGUCGGUGUCAUCUCUAACAUCACUUACUUGACUAACAAGUUGCCCUGGUUGAGAUGGAUCUUGAACAUGCCUCACUUCUUGUUAGGUAUUAUCACCGGUUUAUUGCCUGCCAUCAUGUUGGCACUCUUGAUGAUGAUUUUGCCUAUGUUCAUCAGAGGCAUGGCUAAGAUCGCUGGCGCCCCAACUUACCAGGCUAUCGAAUUGUACACUCAAAACGUCUACUUUGCCUUUUUGAUGAUUAACGGUUUCUUGGUUACUGCUCUUGCUUCAUCAGCUACUUCUACCGUUACACAGAUCAUUGAGGAGCCAACUUCUGCCAUGAGCAUUUUGGCUAACAAUUUGCCUAAGUCUUCUAACUUCUACAUUUCGUAUAUUAUCUUGCAAGGUUUAUCCGUUGCGUCUGGGUCUCUUUUCCAGAUUGUAGGUUUAAUCUUGUUCUACCUCUUGGGCAGACUUUUGGACAACACCGUCAGAAAGAAGUGGAACAGAUUCAGCGGCUUAGGAUCCACGGCUUGGGGUACUACUUUCCCAGUGUUUACCAACAUUACUUGUAUUGCACUUAUCUACUCCAUUAUCUCACCUAUGAUCAUGUUAUUUGCUUGCGUUGCCUUGUUCUUGAUCUACAUCGCUUUCUGCCACAAUUUGACUUACGUGCUUAAGGAAGGCCCCGACACCAGAGGGUUGCACUAUCCAAGAGCUCUCUUCCAGACUUUUACUGGUAUUUACAUUGGUCAGGUUUGUUUGUUGGGUAUCUUCGCUGUCGGUAAAGGUUGGGGACCAAUUGUGUUGCAGAUUAUCGGCAUUUUUGCAACUGUGUUCAUCCACAUCAACCUUAACGAGUCGUUUGAUCACUUGCUCCAGGUUGUUCCUAUCGACUGUAUGAGAGCCUUGGACGGUGUUUCUCAGACUGCUUCGUUUACCGGCUCUAGUGAAUACAAGAGAAAGGUAUUGGACAGAAAGACAGGUGCUGGCAAAACCGAAAAGGCUAUUGCUGAAGACAAGGAAGAACAAGAGCAGAUCAAGCGUGAUAUCCUUCAAGAAGAUGGCGAGUUCAACGAUGGUGAAAACGAGAGAACUCUCAUUCCGUUAUUGGCUGACAGGGACUUCAAGACAACUGAGUCUCAAAAUGUCUUUGUUCGUUUUGUCAGACCAGACGUGUUCUUGAACUACAGGCAUGCCAAGCAGCAAUUACCUGCUACAUACAACAUCGAACCUGAAACUGAAGAUGAUAAGCAUGCCUACGAUAUGCCUGUCAUCUCGGCUCCAUUGCCUGGAAUAUGGAUUCCAGCUGAUCCUAUGGGAUUCUCCAAGCAACAGAUUGAAGAGUUCAAAGGUAUUGUCAGCAUCUCUGACGAAAACUCGGGCUUCGACGAAAAAGGUGCCAUUACCUUCCUCGGAGAAGCUCCUAACUAGGCUAUUUACUAGUGGUUCAUGUUUGUUUUAUAAUGGAAAAGUGUUUGAUUUGGUCGUUAAUUUUCUAGACUAGAAGAAGACAAUUGUAUAUAUGUUUCUCAAUAUAGAAAGAAGCUACAAUUAAUGUAAUUUAGGCCGUAUUGUAAACUAGCCAAAAUUGUCUUACUUCACUACAUCUUCUUUACAUCUCUUCCAAUGCUACAAAUAUUUCUUGC